AUGGCCAGACCCCGCCGGCUGCUCGAUCUGUGCCUGGGCUGCGUGUGCCUGCUCUUGGCGCGGGGAGAAGCGCCCCGGCCGCGCGCCCCGGAGCCCGGCCCGGCAGUGGCCCGCGCCCUCCCCGCGGCUCUGGGCGCCGAACCGGGGCUCCAGCAGCAUGACAAGGUGUCGGAGCACAUGCUGCGGCUCUAUGACAGGUACCGGGGCACGGGCAGCGUGGAGGCGACGCGGACUGCGGGUGUCUCUGAGCGGAGCUCGCGGGCCCCGCGCUCCCAGCAGCUGCGCCAAGGCAACACGGUCCGCAGUUUCCGAGCGGGAGCAGCAGGAGCAAUUGAAAUCAAGGGACUUCAUAUAUUUAACCUGACUUCUCUAACCAAAUCUGAAAACAUUUUAUCUGCCACACUAUAUUUCUAUGUUGGAGAACUAAUAAACAACAGCCAGACUUGUCCCAAACCCCGAGGAUGCUCACAUCCUCUGAGAAAACACAUCCAAAUUGAUAUUUCUGCAUGGAUUCUCAAGUCCAACAGAAACCAAAGCCAACUCCUAGGUCAUCUUUCAGUAGAUAGAGCCAAACCUCACCGAGAUUUUGUUUCCUGGCUAUCUAAAGACAUCACUCAACUUUUGAGGAAAGCCAAGGAAGAUGAAGAGUUUCUCAUAGGAUUUAACAUUACCUCAAAAGGACAUCAUAUGCCAAAGAAGAUGCUACCCUUUCCUGAACCUUAUAUCUUGGUGUAUGCCAAUGAUGCUGCCAUUUCUGAGCUGGAGAGUGUUGUCUCAAGCUUACAGGGGCACAGAAAUUUUCCCAGUGGAGGCAUGCCCCAAAUGGGUAGCCAUAUCAGAGCAGCCCUUUCUAUUGAACGGAGGAAGAAGCGCUCUACUGGGGUCCUGCUGCCCCUGCAGAACAAUGAGCUUCCUGGGGCAGAAUAUCAAUAUAAGGAGGGUGGAGUCUGGGAAGAACGAAAACCUUACAAGACUCUUCAGACACAGCCCCCUGAGAAGAGUAAGAGCAAAAAGAAACAGAGAAAGGGACCUCACCAGAAUGGCCAGACACUUCAAUUUGAUGAGCAUACUCUAAAGAAGGCAAGAAGAAAGCAAUGGAUUGAACCUCGCAAUUGUGCCAGGAGAUACCUGAAAGUAGACUUUGCAGAUAUUGGCUGGAGUGAAUGGAUAAUCUCCCCCAAGUCUUUUGAUGCCUAUUAUUGCUCUGGAGCAUGCCAGUUCCCCAUGCCAAAGUCUUUGAAGCCAUCAAAUCAUGCCACCAUCCAAAGUAUAGUAAGAGCUGUGGGAGUCGUUCCUGGAAUUCCAGAGCCUUGCUGUGUCCCAGAAAAGAUGUCGUCACUCAGUAUCUUAUUCUUUGAUGAAAAUAAGAAUGUGGUACUUAAAGUCUAUCCUAACAUGACAGUAGAGUCUUGUGCUUGCAGAUAA